AUGCGUGCGGGCGGGGAGGCGCCGCACCAGGUGCUGGGCCGGCUGCGGUUCCUGCUGCAGUGCAGCGAGUGCUUCCGCCGCGCCCGGGCGCUGCCCGCCGCGCUCUGCUACGUGCCGCGGGAGGUGCAGUACAAGAUCUGCAAGGACCCCGCCGCCGCCGCCGCCGCCGCCGCCGCCCGCAGCCUGCUCAGCGUCUGGGACAGCCCGGGGCCGGCGCGGGGCGGCAAGCGGGCGGCGCGGGCCACCAUCGAGGUGCGGAAGGGCGGCUGCCUCCGCGCCACCGGCGAGGAGUACUGCAACGGCGCCGGGCUCUGGGUCAAGCUCAGCAAGGAGCAGCUGGAGGAGUACCGGAGCGGCUGCGAGCUGGAGGAGGGCUGGGUGCUGGUGUGCAAGCACGCCGACGGCGGGGACCGGCUGGUGCCGGUGGAGUCCACGGAGCGGAUCCAGCGGCAGCAGCAGCUCUUCGGGGUGGACUACAAACCCGUCAUCAGAUGGGAGCAGGUGGUGGAUCUGACAUACUCCCUGCGCCUCGGAGCGAAGCCCAAGCCCAUGGAGCAGGAUGAGGCCGCAGUAGAGAAGCUCCGGUUUGUGCCCCCAACAUGGACUUACGAAUGUGAUGAAGAUCUAGUGCAUUUCCUGUAUGAUAACAUUGGGAAGGAGGAUGAGAAUUUGGGCAGCGUCAAGCAGUAUGUGGACAGCAUCGAUGUCUCAUCCUACACGGAGGACUUCAAUGUGUCAUGCUUGACUGACAGCCACGCCGACACGUACUGGGAGAGUGAUGGGUCCCAGGGCCAGCACUGGGUGCGGCUCAACAUGAAGAAAGGCACCAUUGUCAAGAAGCUCCUGCUGACAGUGGAUACCACCGAUGAGAACUUCAUGCCCAAGCGGGUCGCCGUGUAUGGUGGGGAGGGGGACAAUCUGAAGAAACUGAACGACGUUGGCAUUGAUGAGAGCUACAUUGGGGAUGUGUGCGUCCUUGAAGACAUGACAACACACUUGCCUGUCAUCGAGAUCCGGAUUGUGGAGUGCAGAGAUGAUGGGAUUGAUGUUCGCCUCCGAGGCAUCAAAAUCAAAUCCUCCCGACAGAGGGACUUGGGGCUCAGUGCUGACAUGUUCCAGCUGCCCAAUUUAGUGCGCUACCCUCGCCUAGAAGGGACAGACCCUGACCUGCUGUACCGACGGGCCGUGCUCAUUCAAAGGUUUAUCAAGCUCCUGGACAGUGUCCUGCACCACUUGGUGCCAGCCUGGGACCACACUGUUGGCACAUUCAGCAAACUCAAGCAUAUCAAGCAGUUCUUGCUGCUGUCCAAGAGGCGCACAGCUCUCAUUACCCAGUGUCUGAAGGACUCGGAGACCAGCAAGCCCAAUUUCAUGCCGCGGCUCUAUAUUAACCGACGUCUGGCUAUGGAGCACCGAGACAACCCUGCCCUGGACCCCAGCUGCAAGAACGCUGUCUUCACCCAGGUCUAUGAAGGCCUGAAACCCUCAGACAAGUUUGAAAAGCCUCUAGAUUAUAGGUGGCCGUUGCGUUAUGACCAGUGGUGGGAGUGCAAAUUCAUCGCAGAGGGCAUCAUCGACCAAGGUGGAGGUUUUCGGGACAGCCUGGCGGACAUGUCAGAGGAGCUGUGUCCCAGCUCGGCAGACACCCCCGUGCCUCUGCCCUUCUUUGUGCGCACAUCCAACCAGGGUAACGGCACUGGAGAAGCCAGGGACAUGUACGUCCCCAACCCCUCCUGUAAAGACUUCCCAAAGUACGAGUGGAUUGGGCAGAUCAUGGGAGCAGCUCUGAGGGGCAAGGAGUUUCUGGUCCUGGCUCUUCCUGGCUUCGUAUGGAAACAAUUAACAGGGGAGGAAGUCAGCUGGAGCAAAGACUUCCCUGCCGUGGACUCCGUGCUGGUGAAGCUCCUGGAGGUGAUGGAAGUCAUGGACAAAGACACCUUUGAGUUCAAAUUUGGGAAUGAGCUGACCUACACAACAGUGCUGAGUGACCAGCGCAUGGUGGAGCUGAUCCCCAAUGGCAGCAGCACCGUGGUGCGCUAUGAGGACCGCAAGGAGUUCAUCCGCCUGGUGCAGAAGGCUCGACUGGAGGAGAGCAAGGAACAGAUCAUGGCCAUGCAGGCUGGGCUGCUGAAGGUGGUGCCUCAAGCUGUUCUUGACCUCCUCACCUGGCAGGAGCUGGAAAAAAAAGUCUGUGGAGACCCUGAAGUCACAGUUGAUGCCCUGAAGAAGCUUACCCGGUUUGAGGACUUUGAGCCAUUGGACACCCGUGUUCAGUACUUCUGGGAAGCGCUCAACAAUUUCACCAAUGAGGAUCGCAGCCGCUUCCUCAGAUUUGUCACUGGCAGAAGCCGCCUUCCAGCACGGAUCUACAUCUAUCCAGACAAGAUGGGCUCUGAGACGACAGAUGCUUUGCCUGAGUCAUCCACCUGCUCCAGCACCCUCUUCUUGCCCAACUAUGCCACAGCCAAGGUCUGUGAAGAGAAGUUGCGCUAUGCUGCCUAUAACUGCGUGGCCAUUGACACAGAUAUGAGUCCGUGGGAAGAGUGAUGUUGCAGCCUGACCGAACAGCAUGGACAACCAUUCGACAAAAUCAUGCAGUGGGAAGAGCUCCCUUGUCUCCCCCAGGAUGUGUAUAUAUAAUAAAAAUAUAGGUGUGAAGCCUGGCUCCCACCAGUGGUAACCAGCACCUCUGUGGACAUGGAGGUUUGGGUCUUCAGCAGGG